AUGUCCAACAACAAACGACGCAGUUAUAAAGUUCUUGACGAGCCAUUGGCAGAUCCGUUAUCAGAUUUCACAGACGUCUCUUCAUUUGACAUAAUACAGUUCUUGGCUGCUGAUAACACAACACCAGUGGACAGUCCUGUUGAUCCCAACAAUCAGGAACAAAUAAGAAAUCAGAGGACCAAUGUACAAAACAACAACGAUCUGUCACAUUUACCACUAGGACAGACUACAAACCUCAUAAACCCUAAUUCAAAUCAAAUAUUAAAUCAUCCGCCAAAUAUGCAGAACAAUUAUAUGAAUCAUCGGAUGAAUUUAUUACCAGUCACUCAUCUCAUGUAUCAGAAUAAUGGAAGAUUACCAGAUUCUCCUCCUAUAACAGAUAUAUCGGGAAAUGGUUCAUCAGCCUCUCCCUCAAGCAACUCUGACCCACCAUACAGUCCUGAUACAUACUCAAGCUAUUCAGGCGGCGGAGCUCAAAAUCAGAACUCCAAUCAUCAGAGCUUAAUACUGGGAGUACAUGAUUUACAUAAUGGUCUCAUGGUUGCUCCACAGGAGCAGAUGCAAAUGUAUCCAAGACAACUGCACAACCCUAUGAACGUGAAUGACGGAAAUUACAUUGUUCCUCAAUACGCGCAUGAUCCCUCUCUCACUCAGAUCCCAGAGAUUCAUCCAGGACAGAGUGGACGCAAAAAUUUGCGCAGACAAAACUAUCAAUUGAGUGGCAGCUAUCCUCAGGACCAAGCAUUGUAUACCAUGCUUGGAUCCCAAGAUCAGUUUAUGAGAAAGCGACCAAGAUUAGACGACGAUAUUGAAGAGAUGGAUGAGAAAAAUCCUUACCUUUUGGAAUCUCCUCCUCUCACUGCUGGUGUAAACUCUAUGAGUAUGUCUGGUGGUAUGCCUCAAGAUCCUCAGAGUGGUCAAUAUGGCAUGGCUCCUGCCCAGAUAUCUACACCACCAUCUAUUUCACAUACACCUCAAUCUGGACCUUCACCUCCAUGUGGCCAAUCUGGAAAUUCGCUUCCAGCAAAUGCACAAACUCAUUCAAUGCCACAAAAGUCUGUCUCACCAGAUUCUGCAAUGCGUCAACAGCAAGAGCAACAACUAUCUGGUAACGGUACUGCUACAAAGAUCUUGCAGUCUGGAGGAGGAGAAUAUAGCCAGUCUAUCAAUAUGAUAACUAAUAGAUAUGCUAAAGCCGAAUCUCACUUACCGCAUAAUCCAGUCAUCAAGUUCUCCAAAUUCGAAGAAGACAAGUGGCUACCUCUGUAUGACGCUGAGAGAAAUGAGCUGGAAAAGCUGCAAGUCCAUGUUGUGGCUGACAAAGGAUUUAAUUUUUCCACUCCUGAUCAAUGCUUCGUUAAUCAAAAGAAGAAUCACUUCCAGAUCUCUGUACAUAUUGAAGCAAUUGACAACUUACCCCCUGUUUUCGUCAAGAAAGAUGGUCAUUUGAUUCCAAUCAAAGAUUUCAAGCUUGUAUUCUGUGGUGUAAAAUCAGAGAUGCCAAGUUGUGAAAUUCAAAUCAAACAAUCUCAAAAUGAUCGAAAACCAAUCAAUCACGAUCCAGUCACAAUCAAGAUUAUCGAACGCCAGAUGACUAAAGUGACAGUCCCACGCUUGCAUUACCAGGAUACAACAAUGAAUAAUCAACGAAAGGGAAAUCGUCCAAAUCCAGAACAAAAAUACUUUUUGCUCGUCAUUCGUUUGGUUGCUCAAACUGAAGAUGGACAAAUACAUAUUAUCCAAUCAUAUCAGUCAGAGAAAGUCAUCGUUCGAGCCACCAACCCUGGCUCAUUCGAGCCUCCAGAGGUUGAAGUUCAGUGGCAACGAAACGGAUCACUUCUGUAUACUCAAAACACUGUUGCCAUUGGUUCUGAUAUCAGUGUUGGAGAUGCAAAACUCAAUGUACAUGGAGAUAUAUACCAUGUCGGAAAGGUUAUUACUCCAUCUGAUUUUACGCUGAAAGAGAACUUCACCGAAAAGGAUUGCAGUCAAGCUUUGGAGAAUGUACGAAAGCUUCACGUUGUUGGAUUCUCAUACAAGCCAGAAAUAGCUGAAAAAUGGGGUUUACCUGACUCACAAAGACAUAAGACAGGAUUGAUCGCUCAAGAGCUUGCUGCUAUUCUACCCGAAGCUGUUCAUGACAUUGGAGAUUAUCUUACUGUCGAUGAAAACCGCGUCUUUUAUGAAACAUUAAUGGCCACCAAAGAGUUGUGCAGACUUACUGGAGAUUUGGACAGUAAGAUUGACGAUAAAGUCGAGGAGAUCAGUGCACGUCUCGCAACUUAUGCAAGGAGAAAGAAGCUUUUGAGUACAUCAGGAACCAAUUUGACUAACACAGACAUUGAUUCUAAAAGUGUUCUGAGUUUGAGCUCAGUUGUCUCGAGCAAUGUUUUCCAACGACGACGACAAUGCCGAUCCAGCUGCCGACGUCCUGAUCCUAUCUGCAAUUCUAAAAUAACCCAAGGAACUGUUGUUGCCCUUGUAUUUGUUAUGACUGCUUGUUUACUUGCCAUGUCGGGAUUGUACAUUCUCGAUUGGUACAAUCGGAAUUUCUCUCUAUACUAUGGUCAAAACUCCCGAAGCUACCCAUCCGGAAAUGAUAGAGGAGAAGAUCCACCAGGCCAAAUGAUUGUACCGUAUGGAAUGUCUCAGCCGGACGCGCCGCCAUUAGUUGGCUCAUUAUGUCCGGAGGAAAAUUGUUAUUCAUAUUGUUGUCAUAGUAGCCUGGAUUUCAUGGAAAGCAUAUUACCAGCAGCUGCAGCACAUGAUGAGUUCCACUUCCACUACCAGAUGGAUCUAAUGGAUAUGAGAAGACCAGAUUAUGGUAUGGCACGAGCAAUGGAUCCAAAUAUUUUUGCUGACGGAGUUGGAAUAGAAAUUCCUUCUCUUAAUACAACCAUUGAUGGUCGGUAUUGUGUUGAAGGCAGUUGCAGCCCCAAACGUAACAGCUAUAACUUGUACAUACCUGUCUCUCCUUAUUUACCCACUAUCUCGAUUGAUCUUCGAUUCAAAAUACCUAAAGGAAAGAUUGUAAAUAACUGUGGUUAUUUGGCUGAUUUUGAAAACAGACACUGUAGUGCUGAUUCAACUCCUUCCUAUGAGAAUGGUGGCUAUCCUACUUCUUACCCGAUUGAUGAAAUUACUUACGAGUUAUCUGUUGGACAAUAUUUACAAUCAGCCUAUCGAUUCCGUAUCGGUUUUACGACAGAAUCAUGUUUUGAGACUGAAGAUAAUAUGCCUGGCAGUUAUGACGAGUAUAAUCUUGUUUUCUAUCGCACCUGCACUACAGCAGUUGCUGAUGAUAAUUAA